GCGGUGGGCGGCGGCGGGUUGCACGGUGGGGAACGGGGAACAAACCCAAAGCAUCGAUCAGCUGCCGGUUGCCGGUGCUGAGUUUUCUGCAACCAACUCCGAGGCGCAACCGCAUCUCACCGUGGCGACGCCAGCGCCGUUCACGAUCGCACUGCAUCUCGUAUCGACGCCCUCUUGCGCCCGUGAUUCCCCUGCCGACAAAGCGACUUCCGCAACCGGCGACCCGAGUGCGGCGGCCUCGGUGCGGCCGUUGAAGGCGAAGGAUUGUUGAAGCGGGGGGGCCAAGGACUCGAACUGAAAGAUUGAAGACUGCGAAGAGAGUUGAUGGAUUGGGGCAUACUGAGGCUUCCAACACGAUGACCGGUCCCGGGGCCCCAGCAGGCGCCGUCGGCGACGCGGCCAAGCCUGCGCUUGUCUUGGAAAACCUGCCGCCCGAGAUCAUCGCGCUCAUCUUCGAUUUUCUGCUCCCGCAGCCGCCAGAGAUCGGCGAGACCCGCCCCGUCGGCUACAGACAGCUGAUGGCCGAAGAGCCCUGGUUCGACUUCACGCGAUGCCGUCGCGGCCUCCACAGCCUCUGCCGCGUAUCGCGCCGCAUGAGCGAGAUGGCCCGCCCGCUGCUCUACCGCGUCGUGGCCAUCUGGAACGAGCGAUCGAUGCUUCUCUUCCUGCGCACCCUCUACAACAAGCCCCACUACGGUCUCUGGACCCGCUAUCUGUCGUGCCACAUCACCCUCACGCGCGAGUCGGUCAUCCGCGAGUUUCGCCAGCUGCUCACCCUCCACCUGCCCAGCUUUGAGCCGGCCCCGGUGACGAGCGUGCUCACCAGCGCGGCAAGGGACUUCAUACACAUGCUCGGCCAAUUCCUUCCACACAUGGUCGUCAGCGAAGGCGACCUGGACCACGUGCCUCAGGCGCUGCUGUGCUUCAUCCUCAUGUACCUCACCAAGCUCGAGACUCUCCUCUUGCAGGUUCCCAUCAGCGACGAUCACCAGGAGUACGACGUGUUCUGCUCGCAGGUCGCCCAAAUCAAGGCCCUCUUCGACUCGGAACCCUAUGCUGCUCCUUUCCAGAACAUCCACACGCUCCUCCUGCAGGGCGACCCCGAGCUUCUGGCCCAUUUCGAAGAGGACGACUGCGAUUGCGAGAUCCCCGAAGUCUGGGGCGCCCAGCCGCGCCGCUACGCCCUUCUCUUUGCCAGCCUGCCCAAGCUCUCCACGCUCGAGGUCAGCAGCGACGACGGCGUGUGGUGCUGCUUGCCCGACGAGCACCGGUCCUCGCACGAAAGCAGCGGCGACGACCCGCCACCUCCCUUCCUGGCCAACAUCCGCCACAUCUUCCUCCACGACAGCGCGGCCUACCCGUCGGACAUGUACCACCUCCUGCGGAACGCGCCCCAGCUCGAGUCGCUGUACCUGGCGUCGCGGCUCGACGACGACCCGCUGCGCGAGCCGGUCGAGGACGACAGCGCCAACGCGCACCCGGAGGCGCUGGACAUCGCGCUCUCGCAGCACGCCAAGCACCUGCGUGCGCUCGACGUCAGCUGGCAGGACCUGCACGGCUUCGAGAGCCUGGUGGGGCCCGACGGCCGCCUGACGUCGCUGGCGCACAUGGGCGAGCUGACGUCGCUGUGCGUGCAGAUGGCGCUGCUGUACGGGUCGCCGCCGGCGGCCGUGCCCGGCGAGUCGGCGCCGCUCGUCGAUUUGCUGCCGCCGAACCUGGUCGACCUCACGCUGGAGGACUGGUGGUGGACCAACGCGGCCCAGCUCCGCGACAUGCCCGACUGGACUCUCGAGGACAACGUGCGCCACUACCAGGCCCAGCACGACUACCGCGUCGCCGCCCUGCGCACCCUGACCCAGUUCGCCCGCGACGUGCGCACCCGCCUGCGCCGCCUCAAGAAGGUCGUGCUGCUGUGCCGGAUCCCCUGGACCUGGGUCCUCGAGGGCGCGGUCGAGCUCGACUUCCACUUCGAGCACGUCAAGAGCCUGUUCCUGGAGCAGGGGGUGCAGUUCUCGGUCACCUCCGACGAGGUUUGAGUUUUAUGCAGUACACUACUUACACUAGUGUAGUACGGCGCGAAGGGGGGAAGCGGGGGGGGAAGAAUGGACAUCGAGAGCGUAUUCCGCACACACAUACCGCAGUUGUUGCUCUGGUAGUGCAUACGAGGAAAUGGAUGGUGGGGGAAAGGCGAAGACGCGUCACCAGACCCCUCCGCGAUGUAACUGUUCGAACCAGGAUGUACCUACCUUAUGUACAUACAAUGUACUAGGGGUUGGCAGCCCGCUUCGCGGGCUACGCGCAGCCAUUUCAAUCCUUUUUCUUGGCAGUGCUACAACCACCCACUUUUCCUAUAACCACCCACUUUUUCCAUACCUACGCACCCACCUUUUCCAGCGUAUACGACAUUCAUCCCACA